UGUACAAUUUCUUUUGAGAAAAUAAAGUUCUUUAAGCAUAAUACAGAAUUCUUAAAAUUAUUUCUUUUUUUCAGAACGCCCCUUUUAUGAAUGACCCCGGACUGUUCUCUCCAAGGUCCAGCGCAUGCAGCAGCCCAGUGCCAGUAGCUUUGCCUGAAAGGCAAAGUAUAUUAAUUCUAGGACCAAAUGGAACUCUUGAGGGUACUCCAUUAGAGAUCAGACCAAGUGUACAGCCCACUAUACAACAGAUCACACCUGUGCAACCACCUACGAUACCGGCCACACCUGUGCAGCCUCCACAGCCUCCACAGGCGUUGCAAGAUUAUAAUAGGGAAGGAUACUUCGAACCAAAGUUGGUGAGGAACAAGCAAAUUCAACCGCGUUGCUGGGAAUUGUUGUUUUGCUCCGGCAAAUGCACACUAUCGCAGUAUCGAAAAAAAAAGUGUGGAGGCUGUCAAGGCACGAGGCAAGCACUGGUUUCCUGGCGCGCGUUGCAGCAGCGUCAGAGAUUGCCACAUAUUGCCCUCAACAAGAGGCAUUCAACCUCUCAAAAGGCAUAGAAUCAACCAUACAUACUUGCGGUCGGACCUUCAUGGGCUAAUAUACAUACGUAUGAAAUUGUUACCACUGCUGGAGGGCUAAGAUAUCAAGUAUCCACCAUUUGUGAGACUAUAAAGGUGACGUGUAAUUUAUACUGGGCAUUGGACUUAGCGUACCCUAAGGUAGCUGCACCUUGUUGGAUGUUUAUCCAACGGGCCAUAUUUAAGAUGAAAUCUAAGUUUGACUCUGAAGGAGUUCCAUUAAGAGCUUUCGCUAUUAAAUUAGCUUGAUUAAACUUUUGAACGCCUUUUGAUAAGUGUCUCGCGCCAUUAAACUAAUUUACUAAUAAACCUUAUUUGAUAAUACCUAGCUUGAUACAGUUGCGUUGACAUUAACACGGCGUUCUUGACGUCCAAGGGGAUAAAGCAGCUACACUUUCUUUGCACGAAUAUUGUAGAAAAAAGGAAAAUGACUACUUGUGCGGUAUGCAACACUUCCUUUGGCAGUUUUAUUCGGUUGAGGAAGCACAUGGCUUUUUAUCAUAAAUAAGUUACAACUUUGAUGAUCAUUACUUUGCAUACCGUGAUCAAGAUGCUCCUUCCGAAGA